AAUUAAAAUGGCUUCAAAUAAACAGGUUAGGAGUUUAGCCGAUGAGCUAAUUUGUCCCAUUUGCCUGGAUUUCUUCACCGAUCCGGUUAUACUGGAGUGUGGACACAACUUCUGCCGUUCCUGUAUCACACGGUGUUGGGAAGGGACGGGGAAACACUCCUGCCCGGAUUGUCGAGCAGUGUUUGUCGACCCCACCUUCAGGGCAAGUCGGGCUUUAGCAAGUCUGGCUAAGAAGGCUCAAAGUUUAAUUCUGAACCCGAAAGAGAAGGAAAGUAAACUGCACUGCGAGCAACAUCAUGAAGAACUGAAGCUGUUUUGCGAAACCGACAAGAAACUGAUCUGUGUGAUUUGUGCAGCUGCGCGGGAACACAGAGAGCACCGCUUCUCCUCGAUUAAAGAAGCCGUUGAAGCCUGCAAGGUUCAGAUGAAAUCUUCCGUAGAAUCGCUUACAAGAAAGCUCCAGGAAAUGGAGCAUCAUCAAAAACUGAAUAUGUCUGGACUUAGGGAGCAGUCAAGCAUUCUGCAUUUGCACAUCACAUCCGAAUUCGCUAAAAUGCACCAGAUUCUCACCAAGAAAGAGGAGCGCUUGCUCAGAGAGCUCAGGGAAGAAGAGGAGAGGAUUCAGAAUACAAUGGAGAAAAAUCUUCGAGCGAUUCAGGAGAAUUUACAUUCAACACAGCGAAAACUUUCAAAGUUACAGAAACAGAUGAAUCAAGAAGACGGUGUGAUGUUUCUGAAGGAGGAAUCGCGUCAGCAGAAGAGAAUUAGUGAUGAGGAACAGGCAUUGUCAGUAGCAGAUGAUGUGCAGCAGAUUGCAAAAUUCGAUCAUCCGUUUUUGUUUCACGCAGCUUUGAGAGAAAUGUUUGAUGCCAUUAACCAAGUCUCUGUAACCCUGGAUGUGGAAACAGCGGGUCCGCUGCUCGAGGUGUCUGAGGAUCUGAAGAGUGUGAAAUGGACUGGGAUCCGGAGGAUUCUCCCUGACACCGGCAAGAGGUUUACCACCUGGCCUUAUGUGCUGGGAUCGGAGGCAUUCACAUCGGGGAGACAUUACUGGGAGGUGGAGGUGGAGGGGAAUUGGGGCUGGUGUCUGGGAGUCGCCGCAGGGUCUGUGGAGAGGAAGAGAGAAGUUAAACUGAGACCGGAGACUGGACUUUGGGCCAUGGAGCGGGCUGGUGACGAGAUUUAUGCAAACACUUCUCCUCCAUCUCUUCUCCCUGCUGAUUCAAUCUUUGGGAAGGUGGGAGUUUAUCUCAGAUACGAAUCCGGGUCAGUUUCAUUUUACAGCGCGGACACCAAGACCCAUCUCUACACUUUCACUGGGAACAAAUUCACGGAGAAACUUUAUCCUUUUUUCGGGACUUGGGAUAAGAAUCAGUGCCUGAGAAUCCGCUCCCGUUCCGCCCUGGUUCUGUAAAAGGGUCGGGUCUCGGGACUGAUGUCAGGAGCGGGCUCAGGGACUGUGGGGCAGAAAUCCCGUUGACAACAAAUUGGCGCUGAAUGGGUCCCAUUUAAUCCCCUAAUUCCGCAUUGUGAAACCCCAUUGUGUCCGGAAAUAAAAUGGUGGAAGAAAUUAAAUGUAGAAACCUAAAUUUAGAACAGCGAUUAAUUAACAUUAGCGCAUGAAUAGCUUCAAUCAACGGAAAAGAAAUACUUUUGUGAAAAUAUAAAGAUUGAAACAAUCUUUUUGCACUUCAUAAUUAGACUUUAUUCGUAGAAAUAUAUAUGCAAGAAAUAUAAAUGCUAAACCAAGCAGUGCAUUGCUUUCUUUGCAUUCGUAGCGCCGUUCGGUGCUCAGUAGUGUAACGGUAGCGGAACGCUACAACAGCGCUAGCGACCCGGCUUCGAUUCUGGUCGCUGUCUGUCAGGAGUUUGUACGUUCUCCCCGUGACUGCGUGGGUUUCCUCCGGGUGCUCCGGGUUCCUUCCACAUUCCAAAGGUUUACGAGCUGUGGGCAUGGUAUGUUGGCGCCGGAAGCGUGGCGACACUUGCAGGGUGCCCCUCCCCCCCCCACCCCCCAACAUCAUCCGCAAA